AUGGCGACGGGACUCCGAGGGUUGAAGGUGGUCCUGGAGCAGAUGGACCGUGGCGUCGUAGACCUGCAGGAACUCCGCAGGAACCUGGAGCUCGCUGCUGCCAUGUUGGAUGCUGUUUACACUGAUGAAACCAAGCGUCUGUUGGACACUGAGGAUGAGCUCAGUGACUUGCAGGUGGAGUCGGUGCCAAGCGAAGUGCGUGACUGGCUGGCAUGUACCUUCAGCAGGAAGAUGGGCGUGUCCAAGCGCCGUCCUGAGGAGAAGCCGAGAUUCAGGAGCAUUGUCCAUGCAGUACAAGCUGGGAUAUUUGUAGAGAGUUUUGCAAAAUUUGAAGCCCUCAACCACAUGAGAGUCCUCAUCCUCAUCCUCGUCAGUUGA